GCAUUAUUCACACUGAAGAUGGUGAGGUUUGGAAAGAACAGGAGUGUAAAGUUUCUGGUAAUUUACUUAUCUUCAGAAAUGUAACAAAUUUUCUCUGAAGAGUCAUCACAUGGAAAACUGAUUUCUACUGCUAUAAAUGUAUAAAUGCCUGGAAAUCACUAUCUUCCUUUUCAAAAAUUGAUUAAUGUUUAGUUUGUUAAAAAUUGGUUCAUAAAUAAGUACAAUCCCCUACGGGAGCAUUUGCUUGUGGGGGUGAUCUCCCAAGUACGAGUUAGUAAAGCUACUGAUGCCUUUUCUAGACAACGAUGGCUGACCCCAGAUAGGAUUUUAUAAAAGCUCAUAGGAAUACUGGACGUUCGUCUUUUCCCCAUUUUAUAAAAAUCGCCCUCCACCCCACGUGCUUGUCCUUCCGCGAUGAUCAUGAUGACGUCGCAAUAACGACGCUCUGCCCUGGUUGAAUUUGGUCGCUGGCAAAAAGCGAGAGUAAGAAGACCGUGAUCGAGCAGCAGCAAACAAGAUCCGCCGCCAGAGCUUUACGCGUAGAGGUUUUCCGCCACGAAAAAAUACGGAGGCCGUCGAGGUUGGGUUUCUCGCCGCCCCUGGCUGGCGACUCCGGUCGAAUGUACCUCAAGUAACCGGGCGGUAGCGAGAGAAGAGAAACUCGCGGUCGCUGUGGCAACCUUGACAGCCGGGAAUUUCGGUCGACGGCCCGGCUGGAGAAGGAAGCAUAGAGUACUUCCGCCGGCAGCGGCAAGAGGGAGGGGGAAGUGACCGGAAGGGGUUGCGCUUUGUUUGGAGCAGAAGAGGUCGGAGUGAGGGUCUUGGGGGCCAUAAACCACUCUGGAAUGUGUUUGAAAAAAUUAUAUCACAAAGCUAUAACAAAUAUUUCUAUAUCUGUGACUUAUUAAAAAUAUAAGUUUUGCUUGAUUGAAGGACGCAGCCGUGACAAGAAGAUGCCUGACCGUGACACCUAUAAUGGUAAUGGUAGCGAUGAGGCAAGUGCCAACGCUGACGACAUCUGCCGAGACUUCCUGCGUAAUGUCUGCAAGCGGGGCAAACGUUGCCGUUUCCGCCACCCUGACAUGAACGAGGUGACCAACCUGGGGGUCAGCAAGAACGAGUUCAUCUUCUGCCACGACUUUCAGAACAAGGAGUGCGUCCGCAUCAAUUGCCGCUUCAUCCAUGGCACCAAAGAGGACGAAGACUGUUACAAAAAGACAGGGGAGCUUCCCCCGCGCCUCCGUCAGAAAGUGGCGGCCGGGCUUGGCCUGUCCCCGGCUGACCUCCCUAACAGCAAGGAAGAGGUUCCCAUCUGCCGAGAUUUUCUCAAGGGGGAUUGCCAGCGUGGGGCCAAGUGCAAAUUCCAGCAUCUGCAGCGGGAUUAUGAAUACGACGCCCGGGGCCUGGCUACCCGGGAACAGGGUAUCACCACCCCUGUGCGUCGCUAUGACCCCUAUGACCCAAUGUAUGACUCUGACCGAUGCUAUGAUGACCACGACCCUGUGCUCAAAAGGAGGCGAGUGGAUGGGCUCCACUUUGAAACGUACGAGUACAACUUUACUAGUCCGCGCACGGUGGAAUAUCGUCUCUUGGAAGAAGAAAACAUCAUGCUCCGCAAACGAGUAGAGGACCUCAAAAAGCAGGUCAACAACCUCCUGGCCACCAACGAAGUCCUCUUGGAACAGAACGCCCAAUUCCGCAACCAAGCCAAAGUGAUGACCCUUAGCUCCACGGCUACAGCCACCGAGCAGACUCUGGCUCCGACCGUGGGCACUGUGACCAACUAUAACCACAGCAUUGCCCAAACUCACACGACUCUGAGCAGCCAGGCCCUGCAGCCACGUCCCGUCUCCCAGCAGGAUUUGGUAGCCCCCGCUGGAGCGCAGGCAGCACCCCCGAGCAACGCAGCCCCUCCUAUGAACCCUGAAAUCACCCCGCUGUCAGCAGCUUUGGCUCAGACCAUUGCCCAGGGGAUGGCUCCCCCUGUAUCCAUGGCCCCCGUAGCUGUAUCGGUAGCGCCGGUGGCUGUGUCGAUGGCUCAGCCUCUCGGGGGCAUUACCAUGAGCCAUGCCACUACUCCCAUGGUGACCUACCCCAUAGCCUCCCAGAGUAUGAGAAUAACAGCCAUGCCUCACUAGCCCAUGUUCAGUGUUAAUGCUAUCAUUCAGUCUACGCCAUGCUGUUCCUAAGUCAAGGCUGGGCACAGAUCCUGUUGAAAGUCAAGGCAAA